AUGAUGAUGUUUGAGGAUAUGGGGUUUUGUGGUGAUUUUGAUUUCUCUUCCUCUGCUCCCGUCAAGGAAGUAGAUGUUUGUGGUUCUCAGACAACAGAGCCAGAGCCGGUUGUGGAGGAUGAUUAUACUGAUGACGAGAUCGAUGUGGAUGAACUUGAGAGGAGGGUGUGGAGGGAUAAGAUGCGACUCAAAAGACUGAAAGAAAUGAAUAAGGGCAAAGAAGGUGUUGAUGCUUCCAAACAACGGCAAUCUCAAGAGCAGGCAAGGAGAAAGAAGAUGUCGAGGGCUCAAGACGGGAUCUUGAAAUACAUGUUAAAAAUGAUGGAAGUAUGCAAAGCUCAAGGUUUUGUUUAUGGAAUCAUUCCAGAGAAAGGAAAGCCGGUGAGUGGGGCAUCCGACAAUCUGAGGGAGUGGUGGAAGGACAAAGUGAGAUUUGAUCGUAAUGGACCGGCCGCCAUAGCAAAAUACCAAGCAGAUAAUUCAAUCCCGGGAAAGAACGAGGGAUGUAAUCCAGUUGGUCCUACACCUCAUACCCUGCAGGAGCUCCAAGAUACUACCCUUGGUUCACUGUUGUCAGCUCUGAUGCAGCACUGCGAUCCUCCUCAGAGACGGUUUCCUUUAGAGAAAGGUGUUUCGCCUCCAUGGUGGCCCACUGGGAACGAGGAAUGGUGGCAUCAGUUGGGUCUGCCAAAGAAUCAAGGCCCUCCACCUUACAAGAAGCCUCAUGAUCUGAAGAAGACAUGGAAGGUGGGUGUUCUAACGGCAGUAAUCAAGCAUCUGUCUCCUGAUAUUGCCAAGAUUCGCAAGCUCGUUAGACAGUCCAAGUGCUUACAGGACAAGAUGACGGCAAAGGAGAGUACGACUUGGCUUGCUAUCAUCAACCAGGAGGAAACUUUAGCUCGGGAACUUUACCCCGACCAAUGUCCACCUUUGUCCUUGUCUGGUGGUAGCGGAACCUUUUCCAUGAAUGAUACCAGUGAAUACGAUGUUGAAGGGGCCGAUGAUGAGUCUAGUAUCCAAGAGCAAAAGCCUAACCCAAACCACCUCGGUUUGCUGAAUAUUGGAACAGAGAGAUUCAAUGAUAGACUUCCAGUUCAACAACAAUCUCAUACAAUUAAGGAUGAAUUCAUCACUGACCUGGACUUCACCCGGAAGAGGAAGCCUGGCAAUGAACUGAAUGUUAUGAUGGAUCACAAAAUAUAUACAUGUGAGUUCCUUCAGUGUCCUCAUAGUGAAAUCUGUCUUGGUUUUCAGGACAGAAAUUCCCGGGACAAUCAUCAACUCGCUUGUCCUUAUAGACAUUCUUCUGAGUUUGUGGUUUCAAACUUCAGCAUUGAUGAUAUCAAGCCAGUCAUGUUUUCUCAAUCUUUUGUCCAGCCGAGGUCAGCUUCUUUGCCUGGAAAUAAAAUUCCACCUUCGUUUGAUCUAUCAGGACUCGGAGUUCCAGAAGAUGGGCAAAGGAUGAUCAAUGAACUUGUGUCUUUUUAUGAUAAUAAUGUACAAGGAAACAAGGACUUGAUCACUGGGAACACCAGGGUUGUCAAGGAUCAACCUUCUCAGCAACCCAGUUUUCAAUGUCAAAAUGAUGGGUAUUUUUUGAGUCAAGGUCCUCAAGGAAUAAUGUCCGAGAGUAGCAUUUUUCAAGACGCGAAUAUUCCCAAUCAUUCUAUGCAUCGUCCAUCAGCUGAUCGGUUUGACCAGUUCAAGGAUAUGAAUUCUCCCUUGAACUCCUCCCCUAACGAAAACUUGCAAGUAAUGUUUAGUUCUCCGUUCAAUAUACCGUCCAUGAAUUACACCGAAACAUUUCCUGGAGUUGCAACGGAUAACCCGCCAAAACAGGAUGUCUCAAUUUGGUACUAA